UAAACUGAAAAUAACAUAACUUUGUGGACUAAAAACGUAGCACCAAUUCACCAUCACAAGUGAGCUGAACCCAAUUCCAAAAGUUGCCGUACCUCACCUUCUCCGUCUCCCUACAGUGCCGCCGUUGCUGGGUUGUCUACCAAAGGUCACUUAAAAUGUAUUUGAAAUCUCAGUUGUCAUGGAAUGUGAUAAUCCCUGCUGAGAACCUUGAUGUUGAAGGUUUAAUGCUUCAGAAGGCAAUUGUUAUUCGCCUCAUGGAUGACUUUGCUUCCAAGAAGGCCUCAAAAAAUCUCGGUUACUUUAUGGCUCUCACUACAUUGGAGAGGAUUGGGGAAGGGAAAGUUCGAGAACACGCUGGUGAUGUGCUUUUCCCUGUGGAAUUCAGCUGCAUUACCUUCAAGAUAUUCCGUGGAGAGAUCUUGGAAGGGGUUGUUGACAAGAUCUUGAAGCACGGUGUCUUUUUGAGAUGUGGCCCCACUGACAAGGUAUACCUCUCUCAUCAGAAGAUGGCGGAUUAUAAGUAUGUGCCUGGAGAAAAUCCUAUCUUUAUGAAUGAGAAGAUGUCAAGAAUUGAGAAAGACACUGUGGUGCGUUUCAUCGUGGUUGGAGCAAGGUAUGUGGAGGCGGAGAAGGAAUUCCAAGCAGUUGUGAGCUUGGAGGGUGAUUACCUCGGACCCAUCUCACAAAGUUCUGUUUAGAUUUCGGUUGUUCUCCAUGAUUGGCUCAUUUUGGACAUAGACCAGUGACAUGUAAAUCUAACUUCUCUAGCUAUAUCUGUGUUUAGUACUACUGUUUUGGAUUGAAUUUGACUUUUCUGUUGAUGUUGCUGACCCUCUCUGAAGUGUCUUACUCACUUUAAGUGGUCAAGUAAAUGUUUUAAGGCGUAGCAUGUCUUCGCAGAUACAUUUACUUGUUAAGGUGAUAAACCUUUACUUAAAAUACCUUUCCAAAGUGUCUA